AUGCCGUUCACGACAAUGAACAACUAUAACUGGUUAUUUGAUCUGAGUGACAGGACAAAGGUGCCUACAACUAUGCAGCAAUCUUUGAGUCAGUUUCCAGCAGGUCAAAGUGCAACUUAUGGUCCUGAUAUGCAGACCAUGUCCUACCAAGCGACUGGUCAAAGUGCCUUAGAUGCAUUCCGCUUGAGCACCGAGGCCAACGGAAAUUCAACCUCAGCUCCUUCUUUUUAUCGACAGACGGCAUUGCAGCAGAGUCAGAAUUCUGCCCAGUUUUCAGGAGACCACCAGUAUGAUUUUCCCGGAUCCCAAAGAAUGGCCCUAAAUGCCUCUGCCUCGCCAUCUUCUUUAGAAUCCCAAGAAGGGUCCCAUUCGUAUCUAGGGACUGAUUCUUCCUCUCCGACGAGUACCUCUCAUGAAGAGUCUGCACAGGGCCACAAGCAGAAUCAGCCAACAAGGCCUUUAAACCGUCAAAUAAGCAUACCUCAGUCACCUUUUCAUCCCGAAUCGUUCUCGACAGAUCAGCCUUGGCGAAGCAAACCGAGAAUUGAUGAGACAUCCCGGAAUGACAUAUUGGAUUUACUGGUAAAUGCUCGCCCGAAGACACCAGACGGUUCAGAAAUCUCCCCAGAACACCCGCUCCUGUCGCUCUCCUGCAUGCAAAAUUACCUGGAUUUGUUCUUCUCCAGGUUCAAUGUUGCCUACCCUCUUCUGCACCAGGCCAGCUUCAACCCGUCUGAGACAGAAACAUUGCUCCUUCUAGCAGUCAUAUUGCUCGGUGCUACUUACAGUGAGAAAUCAAUCCACCGGCUCGCUGUUUGUAUCCACGACGUCUUGCGAGCUCAGAUAUUUCAGCAUCCGGCCUUCUCAGCGACGCCCGAACUGUGGAUGUUGCAAACAAUAUUACUGGUCGAAUGCUUUGGCAAAAGCAGGGCAGGUCAAAAACAGCAUGAUAUGGCGCACCUUUUCCAUGGUCUGCUCAUCAAUCUGAUUCGGCGAAGCGAUUGCCAAACAGUGCGACAGCCAAACUUCAGAGAAGAAUCUGGUGACCUCGAAGAUAAUUGGCGCAGGGCAAUUGAUGUUGAGCUUCGGAAGCGACUUGCAUUCCUGUGCUUCCUUUGGGACACUCAGCACGCCAUCUUAUUCUCGCAGUCACUGUGUAUGUCGGCUUUCGAACUUCGUACCACGUUACCAUGUAAUCAAACUACUUGGGAAGCGAGCACAGCUGAGGAGUGGUGGAGACACGCAAGAAAGGAAGCUCAGAUUCCCUUCUUGUCUGUCUUGAAAGUUUACAUGAACCCCGAUUCUGGAGCCCAAAUUCCUGAAUUGAACGCCUUGUCUCGACUCCUUGUUCUCCAUGGACUUAUGUCGAUUCAAUGGGACCUUAAGCGUAGAGACCAAACUUCUUUAGGGGUCGGUACCUCCGACCAGCAACGAUGGCAAGAUCGACUUGCGCAGUCUUACGAUGCAUGGAAAGCAGAUUUCGACACCUAUUGUAUGAACAUGACAUUAUCUCUGAGCGACAGCUCAUCGAGAAGGGCAGAAUUUACGCGCUUCAGCACAGCGACUAUCGCGAUCUACCACGCAGCCCACAUCACGCUGAACGUUGAAAUUCUCGACCUCCAGAUCUACGCUGGGGCGCGUCAUAUUAUCGGACACCCCGUCACCCGGGCUGACUACGAUCGAUCACGAAGCGUUGUGAAAGCCUGGGCCAAACCCGGAGGAUCGACGCCUGCAGCAAAAGCAGCCUGGCAUGCUGCGUACCUCCUCCGUGACGGGAUCAUGAACCUCGAGAACUGGGACGUCAACAAUGCCUUCCACUAUCCUUGGUGCUUAUACCUCUCUACCCUCACGUGCUGGGUAUUCCACUUCGCUAAUGUGGCCGACAAGUCGGCGGAGAAUCCGCUGCGCAACGCCCAGGCCUCGAGCUUCGACAAUGACCCUGCUGACAGGGUGAUUUGGCAUGCCAAAGCCGAAAUGAAUGCCUUGAUAAGCAGCAUGACAAGUGUGGCCCCGGGAGAUCUCUGGCGCGUUCUGGGAAAGCAUUCGACGUCGGGACUAGUGACAGUGAUGUCGGCACAUCUAGCAAACAUCCGCUGGGCAGUUAUUCAUGAGGGAAGGAAGGUUUUAAAGGGAAUUCCACCAGAACGGUCUUUUCAAGAGUAUAAUGCAUGUCAAGAGUACAACUUAGACUAG